CUUCGAGAUCUCACCAAAAAAACACCCAAAAUCACAAAUCAAUAAAUGGAAAAACCAAUAAUAAAACUACCCUUUCACGAUUAUUCUCUUCUACCUACAGCUCGGUUUGUCGUCGCUACAUGUGAUAUCUGCAAAGUAACAGGUUCCAUCUACGGCGGCUACUAUUGCAACGAUCCUAAAGUUUGGUUCCAUAAGGAGUGCGUUGACCUCCCAUCGGAGAUCAAAAAUCUUUUCCACCUCCGACAUCCUCUCUUGCUCACAUAUUACCCGGGAUGGACGAGUAUUCUAUGUGACUUGUGUGGAGAAAGAAAGUUCACGAAUUACGGUUAUCGUUGUUCCACAUGUGACAUCAAUAUGGAUUUGACUUGUGGGAUAAACCCACCACCGCCAACUAUUGAGCAUCCCAUUGGUCAUGAUCAUCCACUUGUCUUGAAGAAUCCUCCAAAGAACACAGUAAUCCGCUGUGACGUUUGCACGUUUUACAUUGAUAGAAGAUACUAUUCAUGUCAUGAAUGCGUUGUGUACUUCCACCUGCAUUGUGCCAAUCUCUCGAAAGAGGUUAAUCAUUCUUUCCAUCCUAAUCAUCCACUCAAGUUAACCGAUAUUGAAUCACUUGGAGAUAAUGCUUUGAAGGUUUGUAUUUUCUUAUGUCGACGGCAACCAGUAGAUGUGGAUAUGAUUUAUCAUUGUCAUAUCUGCAACUUCACCUUGUGUAUUGGUUGUACCAAAUCACCACCACCCGCUGUCAUCAAGAAUGCGAAGACCCACAAGCAUCCACUAACUUUCUUUUCAAGCACAGUUUUAUGUACUUGUAACGUUUGUGGGGAUAACGAAAAUAUAGUCCCUUAUAUGUGUCUUCAGUGUGGUUUUGCAGUUCAUCGUCAUUGCAUCGACUUACCCAGGGUCAUAAUCAUCAAUCGUCAUGAUCAUCGCAUUUCUUUCACACAUCAUCUUGGUCCCGGGUACAUGAACUGUGGAGUUUGCCGGAAAAGUGUAUGCCAAUACAAUGGAGCUUAUUCUUGCGUAGUUUGCCGUAACUAUGCAGUUCAUUCAAAAUGUGCAAUGAGAAUGGACGUAUGGGAUGGUGUGGAACUAGAAGAGAAACCUGAGGUUAUCGAGGAUAUUGCGCCAUUUAAGGUGGUUGGUGAUGACUUAAUACGUCAUUUUAGUCACGAGAGACAUACUUUAAGGCUUCACAAGAAAAAUAUCAUUCAUGCUGAGAGUGCACGCUGUGAAGCAUGUAGCCAUCCGGUCGGAUUUGGUCCGAUCUACAAUUGUGAGGGAUGUUGUUUCAUUCUUCAUGAGAAUUGCGCUAAUCUUCCUAUGAAGAAAAGGCUUGUUUUUUCUAACUUACCAUUCCUAUUAAUGGGGCCAGGUAAUGGUGGUUGCAAGGUUUUAGACUGCAAAUUGUGUGACAUGUUUUUUACUGUUUUCGAGUACAAGUCCCAAGAAAGGAAGCAAAAAGACAUCGAUGUACAUUGUAGUUCCCUUUCCGAGCCGUUCGUCCAUGGUGGUCAUUCACACCCCUUAUAUUUUGAUCAAAAGCAGAAUAGCUUUUGUAAAGCAUGUCGAAAAUUUGCACAUGAGAAAUAUAAGCUCUGGUGUGCUGCUUGUGACUUCAAUUUGUGUUUAUGGUGCGCUAGUCUGCCAUUAAAGAUAAGGCAUAAAAAUGAUGAGCACGCUCUCACUCUAUGUUGCGGUGAAAAAGCAAGUGGAAAAUAUUGGUGCGAUAUCUGUGAGGCAGAGUUGGAUCCAAGUAAAUGGUUCUAUGCAUGCUUCGAUUGUGGAGGCACAUUGCAUGUGGAUUGUGUGCUCGGAGAUUUCUCACGUCUCAUGCUAGGAUGCAUCAUUGACCACAAGGGCUACACAGUGGAGGCUGUUUUCAACAAUCACAACACUCGACCAGUGUGUAGGCAAUGUUCCUUUCGAUGCAAGGUUUCCGUAAUCCUAAAGUUUCGUAAGAGUAAUUUUGUAUACUUUUUUUGUUCACGUUUCUGUUUUCUGAGGUAUUGCAUGUUGGAGGAGAUAUUUCAUGUGAGAGACAAUGAAUUUAUAUUCUAAAUA